AUGUCCCUACAAUUGCCACCUUUAUGUGUGACUCCUUCGCUUCUCCCUCUUCUCAAUCAUCUACAGCUCAAAUAUGGUUUCUCGUACGUACCAGUCGUAACAUUAAGGUUCGGAGUUGAAGCUUCCAGUGCGCCUUUAACUAUUGGCAGUGAUAGAUCAUCGUUUCCUAUUAUUUCAUCAUUGAGUAUGAGCUCACUGUUCAAUCAACAAUCACUGCCUGUUACUCGCGAUACUACUCGGUGCGCCAGCAGUAGUAGCUCCAACUCAAGUAUCUCAUCUGUUUCUCCAUCGAGUCCAUCAUCGUCUGACCGUAAAUCCAGUGCACGUAUGGGCAGUUGCCAAUGUGAUAUUUGUGGAAAAACAUUCAGCCGACAUUGGCUUUUACAGGGCCAUAUUAGGACGCACACUGGAGAAAAACCUUUCAAAUGUGAGACCUGUGGCAAAGCCUUCGCUGACAAAAGUAACCUUAGAGCCCAUGUACAGACACAUUCAGGUGAAAAACCUCAUGAAUGUCAUCGUUGCGGGAAGAGGUUUGCUUUGCGUAGCUAUCUUUCCAAGCAUGAAGAAUCAUCCUGUAACCGGCGCUCGCCUCCAUUUCCCUACAACAUGUAA